GAAACAUGCCCCAACAGCAGCAGCAGCAGGGCAGAUUCACAAGUUUCCUGUGAUGAAUCAUCCUCUCUGAUCGCCGAACCAGAGAUCUUUAUAUCUCCGGAAACCUGGAAAGCCUAUGCGGAGUCUUUUGGCGAGGUAUUUCAGAGCACCUGGGGUGGGUGCAGUCUGGAGCUGGUGCAACAGCCCGAGCUACAACAUCGUGCUAGAUACCUGACCGAGGGCAGUCGCGGCCCCAUCAAGAACCGCACAAACGAUGGUCAUCCCCGAAUUAAGCUGCGUGGUUGGAAUGGUCCAGCCCUACUCCAGGUGUUUGUCGCUAACGACUCAGGCGAGCCAAAACUCAACAUGUUCUAUCAGGUCUGUCUGGUGGCUACGAAGAGUAAUCGCGGUUGUACGGAGAAGACCAUCGGACACACGACCGUAGUGCAGGUGCCCUUCCAUCCAGACACCGGAGAGGACCGGACCUUGGAUGUGGACUGUGUGGGAUUGGUAAAAAUGCGGAACUCCGACGUCGAACGGCGGCUGUCGAUGAUGAUGAGUGAGGGAUCCGAGAAUGCUAGCUCCCAUCGUGCUGACGCAAACUCCGAGGACGCUGACAUGAAAGAGGUACCGACGCAGCACAGUCCGACGGUGAGGAGUGUGGGCACUGCGGAUGGAGUCAACGAGAAUAAUCGCAAAUCUGUGAAGCCAAAGUCCAGCAGUGCUCGCCUCGUCUAUCGUGUUCUCUUACUCUCGCCACAAAAAUUAGAGGGUGUCUAA